UUUUUUUCUCUCUUUCUGCCCUAACCUCAAUUCUCCUCAGACCCUCAGCUGAAACUGCCCGUCUACCAUCUUCGUCCUCCCACUCCCUAGGUUACAGAGAUAGUGCUGUCUACAUGCGUCGUACUUCUACGCCUUCCGUUCACUUGGCGUAUCACCGUUGCCAUCCGUAUUGAUUCGAUUUCAAUCUUCUUUGUGUACUGCUGGUAAUGGCUGGCAAAGCAGUACAAUCUGUGGCGAAGGCCAUCGGGGAGUAUCAGUAUCCAUGGCGCGAUAAGUUGGGUAAAUACAAAAACGAGCUGUCCAAGGGUGUCUGGGGAUACUGGGAGUUGGGUGCAUGGAAACCUCUAGGCAUAAGUGCUCGCCACCGAGCUAGACUGCGAAAGGAAGUCCUCCUUGCUGGGGAAGAUUGGCCAUAUGACCCAGAGAGAAAAGAGAUGAGAACCAAGAGGAAAGGGCACAAGUGCGAUAGAAUAGCUGCUGAAAAGCGCGAAAAUACAGCGAAAUUGAUGGAGAAGAUGCCCGACAUGUUGCUGGCUUACAAGAAGCGCAGGUGGGAGAAGAAAAUGAAGGAAGAGGAGAAAUUGAAAGAAAGCAAAUGAAAUGUUUGAUUGUUGGCAUUUGUUUGACUUAAUAAUAUGGAUUUUUUGUUUGAUCAAACUGCUCAUGUUAAGAUCCAAAAAUAGUUGGUGCCUCUUUAUCUCAAUUCAUGGUCUUUCAACCCUA